AUGGCGGAACCAGAGAAGGAUACCAAGAUAGAGCCUAUCGUCGACGAGCACAAGGAAACCACCGAGCGUAAAGCCUCCAUCUUCGACGAUGAGCAAAAGCGCCGCGAGAGCCUUGCGCGCCUAACAGCCAACAUUGAGGGCGAAGUCCGCAACCCCCUCGUUGACAUCCCCCGCGCUCAACUCCUCUCCGACGUCCACACCUUCGCCGUCGAGCACAACCUCGAAGACGUCGAACCGCUCCUCAUCAAAGGCGCCCUCGUCGCCCAAUCCCCUGCCCUCUUCGAAGAACUCGAAGACCUCGACGACACGGACCGCACCUUCCUCCGCGAAGAACUAACGCACCGCUUCAAGCUCCCGCGCAUCCUGUACUUCACCAUCAUCCUGAAUUCCAUUGCGGCGGCCAUCCAAGGGUGGGACCAGACGGGCUCGAAUGGCGCGAAUUUGACGUUUGGGCAGGCGCUGGGGAUUCCGGAUUCCGGGCCCGAAUGCGAGGCUGCGGGGAAUUGUGACAAGAAUGGGUGGAUUAUUGGGUUUGUGAAUGCGUGUCCGUAUAUUGCUAUUGCCGUGUUUUGUGCGUGGAUUUCUGAUCCGGUAAAUGAUCUCUGCGGUCGUCGUGGUACCAUUUUCAUUGCUGCAGUCUUCUCGCUCCUGGCUCCGUUUGGAAUGGGACUCAGUCAGACGUGGGGCCAGCUCGCUGUGUGUCGUGUGCUCCUCGGUGUCGGUAUGGGUCUGAAGGAAGUCACUGUUCCGGUCUUCUCAGCUGAGAACGUACCUGCGAGUGUUCGAGGUGGUCUUGUGAUGUCCUGGCAGAUCUGGACUGCUUUCGGCAUUUUCCUUGGUACCGUCGCUAAUCUCGUUGUCAUGAACACAGGCUCCAUAUCCUGGCGUCUACAAUUCGGCUCCGCUUUUAUUCCCGCUGUGCCCCUCGUCCUCGGCAUCUACUUCGUCCCAGAAUCUCCGCGCUGGCUCAUGAAAAAGCGCAAAUACGCCCAAGCCUACAAAUCCUUCCUGCGCCUCCGCAACUCGCCGCUGCAGGCCGCCCGCGACCUCUACUACACGCACUGCCUGCUCGAGCAAGAAGAAGUCCUAAUCCGCGAGGCAGGCAUCAACCCCAAAUCCAACUUCUUCACCCGCUUCAUCGAGCUCUUUACCAUUCCACGUGUACGCCGCGCAACGCAAGCCUCAGGUAUCGUCAUGAUCGGGCAACAAAUGUGCGGUAUAAACAUCAUCGCCUUCUACAGCUCAACAAUCUUCGCAGAAGGUGGCGCAUCGAACAAAGAAGCUCUUAUCGCCUCGUUCGGCUUCGGACUGGUAAACUUCCUCUUCGCCUGGCCCGCCGUCUGGACAAUCGACACGUUUGGGCGCCGCGGCUUGCUCCUGGCUACCUUCCCCAACAUGUUCUGGACGCUGCUUGUCGCGGGAAUGUGCUAUUACAUUCCCAAAGAUAGCUCUGCACAUCUCGGUCUCAUCGCGUUUUUCGUAUACUUGUUCGGUGCGUUUUACAGCCCCGGAAUGGGUCCUGUGCCGUUUACGUAUUCGGCCGAGGUAUUCCCCUUGUCCCACCGUGAAGUCGGCAUGUCCUGGGCCGUUGCGACGAAUAACUUCUGGGCGAGUAUUUUAUCUUUGACUCUCCCGCGCAUGCUUAAGGUUAUGAGACCGCAGGGUGUGUUUGGGUUUUAUGCUGGACUCAAUGUUGUUGCUCUUACCAUGAUCUUCCUUUGGCUCCCCGAAACCAAACAACGCACCCUCGAAGAACUCGACUACAUUUUCGGCGUCCCCACCCGCAAACACAUGAAGUACCAAGUCGGGGAGAAUCUGCCCUGGUGGUUCAAAACGUAUAUUCUGCGCAAGCAGGGGUUGGCUAAGCCCCAGCUUUAUCGGUUUGCGGAUCAGAAACCCCCCGUGAGUGUUACGGCGCAGAUUGGCUGGGCGUGGAAUACGUAUGUGUUGAGGAAGAAGGGAUUGCUGAAGCCGGGGGCGUAUGUGCAGCCGGCGCCGAGGGGAGAGAAGCAGGUGUAG